AGGCGGGGCCAGCGUCGCUGCCGGCUGCUGGAGGCGCCAUUGGAGCCGGCUUGGCUUGCGAGCUCCGCUGAGGAGCCGGAGGUUGGGCCGCAGUUGCCUCCGCGUCCGCUCUUGGUUCCUGGCCCGUCAGCGGCAUGGCGUGCGGGGCGACGUUGAAGCGGCCCAUGGAGUUCGAGGCGGCGCUGCUGAGUCCUGGUUCCCCGAAGCGGCGGCGCUGCGCCCCUCUGCCUGGCCCCACUCCGGGCCUCAGGCCCCCGGACGCUGAGCCGCCGCCGCUUCUCCAGACGCAGACCCCACCGCUGACUCUGCAGCAGCCCGCCCCACCCGGCAGCGAGCGGCGCCUUCCAACACCGGAACAAAUUUUUCAGAACAUAAAACAAGAAUAUAGUCGUUAUCAGAGGUGGAGACAUUUAGAAGUAGUUCUUAACCAGAGUGAAGCUUGUACUUCAGAAAGUCAGCCUCAUUCCUCAGCACUCACGGCACCUAGUUCUCCAGGUUCCUCCUGGAUGAAGAAGGACCAGCCCACCUUUACCCUCCGACAAGUUGGAAUAAUAUGUGAGCGUCUCUUAAAAGACUAUGAAGAUAAAAUUCGGGAGGAGUAUGAGCAAAUCCUCAAUACCAAACUAGCAGAACAAUAUGAAUCUUUUGUGAAAUUCACACAUGAUCAGAUUAUGCGACGAUAUGGGACAAGGCCAACAAGCUAUGUGUCCUGAAGCUUUCUUGCAUAUCUGGUACCAGGUUUGACCUCAAGAGAUGGCUGCUGUACACUUUUUGCAACUGGUUUGAUAUCACAUUUCAGCUCCAACUUUGCAUCCUGAGAACACUUAAACGUUUCUGCAGGUCCAUUUUAUACAACUUGAAAGACCUUAAAACUUUCUGGUUGCCACAAGCAUAUCUUUCUUUUCUGCU